UCGAUUGAUGUUGCACUUUUAAUAAUCUGCAUUCAUUAUUUAAACCACAUUAAAGUGAGAUAUACCUGUAAAAUGUCAGAUUUAAAGGCAAACAGGAAGUAAACGAGGUUUAUCCCUGACCUUUGCCAUUGACGCGUGCCGUUUGACGCGCAACGUGCUGGCUUUGAUCACACCGACUGCGUGAGCUCUCGCGCGCUCUCUGUCUUGUCUCGAGACGCAACAUCAUCGCAGUGUGAUGGCGGAGUGAUUUGUCCUCGAGCCCAAACCGGUCCCUCCCUUCUUUGUCAGAGAGAGAGAGAGAGAGAGAGAGAGAGAGAGAGAGAGAGAGAGAGAGGAAGAAAGAAAGGAUGAGAGAAGCCGCUCGUGACGCUGAGAUGUACCGGAGAAGCGGGAGAGAAAAAAUCUAAAUACAAGACAGAAGAACAGACGACAUACAAUUACAUCACAGACAGAGAACCGAGUCGAUCAGGGUACCGGGAGCAGUGAUGGGGUGUGACACGACCCGAUAUUUACACCGAUAAACAGAUGUUAAAGGGGGAGGAAGCGCUCAUCAUCAUCAUCAUCCCUUGUGACCGGUUGAGACUGACGUGAUGUGAUCGGAACGUGCGCGAGACGCCGCCGUUAUGGCCGAGGAGGCGGAUGUAGAGGCGGAUGCAGGUGCUACCGGCUGCACAGACAAGUAUGAGGAAUACGAGUGCAAGAUCUGCUACAACUACUUUGACGUGGACCGGCGCGCGCCUAAGAUCCUCGAGUGCCUGCACACGUUCUGUGAGGAGUGUCUGCACGCGCUGCACCUGCGUGAGGAGCGGCCGUGGCGCGUCACGUGCCCUGUGUGCCGCCACCGCACGCCCGUGCCAGAUUACCGGAUACGCAACUUGCCCAACAACACCAAGGUCACGGAGGACUUCCCACUGCGCGUGGACGUGGAUGUCGACCCCGUGCCGCAGGACGCGCUGCCGCCGCACCCGCCGCCGUUGCAUCCAGCGCUUGCGGUCCUGCGGCGCGACGAGGCGUCCAGCGCGUCCGGACCGAGUCGCCACGUGCACGCGACCCCGUCCACCACGGCUUCCACAGCCACCAUGACGCUCUCGCAGGACUCGGUGGUGUCGCGCCGUGAUAGCUGCCAUGAGGGCUGUUGCAGGCGGCUCGCGCUCACAGCAGGCUGCGCGUGCGUCGCGUUCUCGUUCGUGGCUAUGCUCGCGCUGCUCUUCGCCGGCCUUGUGUUCGUGCACGGAAACUCCGGGGACCGGCCGCCGUCUCCCGCAGGUCCCGUGUGCCUGUCGGUCGCGAGCGUCCUCGCCAUGGUAUCCGUGGUGGUUACGUGGCUGCUCUGCUGGCUGAAAUACAGACCGGAGCACGAGGCGACCGGCCGCGCCUCGACAACGAGCAACAACAGCAGCCGGAGAAACGCCUAAGCUCUGUGUGUGUAUGUGCGCGCGCGCGUGGACGUGUGUUAUUGUCGCUCACGUGUAUUAUUACUCUCUCCUCAUGAUUAAUUAGAGCUGAUGGACUUUUAACUAUUAUUCCUUCCUAUGCACUUAAACACGACUGACAAUCUCUUUCUCUCCCCCCCCACACACACACACACACACACACACACACACACACACACACACAGACACAGACACACACACACACACACACACACACACACACACACACACACACACACACACACACACACACACACACACACACAGAGACACACAGAGACACACACACACACACACACACACACACACACACACACACACACACACACACACACAAUCUGGGACAGAUGUGCGCACGUGCUGAGUCCCACAUCACAGAUUUUUGACCAGUGCUACAUUUAUGUAUCAGAAAUCAACCUGACCCAUAAAUGACUAAGCUAUUACACAAGACUAAAGAAUCAUUCAGGAAUCAAUCACAAACGAUUCAAGAUGUUUAAAGCAUCUCUGAAAGUAAAGAAUUAUUGUUUCAUUUGUUUUUUAUAUCCAUACCAACAAACACCAUUUUGCUUCAUCACUAAUAUUAGCAAGUCAAAGUUUUCUGCUUCAGUGUUUCCAGGUCUCACACAAUUCAACGUAUUUAUAGAGAUCAGAUCAAUUCUGCUUCUAUUUUUUAUUCCCAAACAUUUUUUUCUUAUUAUUACUGUUAAGAACAUUUAAUAUCUAUAACAUUAUAACCAGCAGAAAAAGAGCUGAUCGUUUAAACCUGCUGUGUUGAGAUGCUGAUCAUGAUUAUGGUUUUUAAUAGCUGAUUUAUUUUUGGUCAAAUUUGUGAUUUUUUUCAUUUUAAAUUAAGAUUUUUGUGAUUUUUUUACAGAUUGAUAAUAUAAUAUAAAUAUAAAAAAGAAAUACAUUGAUGGCAGUGUAAAAGCUGUUAGGGUGGCAAUGUAGAAAUACCAACUGUAUUUUCUAUACAUUCCGUUUUAAAGCUAUUUAUGAUGCUAUUUUUUUUAACGCCGAGGAAUUGUCGAAGUUUUUAGAUCGUUGUUAAAUCUUUCGGUACAUCGGAGCACUUUUAACCCUUUAAACUUCCCCUCACCUUCUCGGUACAGAUUCGGUUUGUUUGUAUAAAGUUUGUGUGAUAAUAUUUCUUUCGAAAUUAGGGUUAAAACAUUCAGGGGGACUUUAAAUUCAGCACUGAUGAUGCAAACGUGACGGUUUUGGGGCCAAAGUUAGCUGAAAAUACACUGCAUGUAAUAAUAGGUGAGUGCACACACACACACACACACACACACUCUCUCUCUCUCUCUCUCACACACUCACACACACACACACUCUCUCUCUCUCUCACACACACACACACACACACUCCUACACUCACAAUUACUCACACACACACUCACACCAAGAAUAGAAUUAAGACCUUAGACCAUAUUAAUGCACUAUGAAGUUUAUUAAAUAAAACCCACUUUGUAGUGCACUAUACCUUCCAUUUGGGAUUCGUCCUGGUGAACACUUUCAGUAACUGCCUUCCUCUUAAACCAUGUACAGUAUUCAUUCUCUCUCUCUUUCUCUUUCUCUCUCUCUCUCUCUCUCUCUCUCACACACACACACACACACACACACACACACACACACACACACACACACACUUCCUGUAUAUAUUCUGCCUUACUGUGUUCUGUAGAGAUUAGACUGUGUGUGGGUGUGUGUUUGUGUCCUACUCAUGGGUCUGUAUGUACAUAUGAUAACAACUUCCUCUCUUUACACACCUGAACGGUAAAACGAUUAAAACACUGAGACAUGAAGCCUUUAUCUUUUGGGUCUUUCCUAUAGACACAAUUGUCACAAUGAUGUGAGUGGAGAGGUGACAAUACUUUGUGCAGAGAGAACAGUAACUGAUUGUAUUUGUAUAGUGAGCGAUAAGGAAGGUGAUAAAUCUGAUCCUAACUGGCAUGUAGAGUCGCGAGUGCGGUUAUUACAGGUUUUUUCAUGCUAUUAUUAAACAUUUAAAUGUUAACUAAAUUAAAACACACACAAUUAAUCGUAGUGUCGGGAUGAAGUUAUAUCAGUUCGUGAUAUAUUUUAUGACAAGCUGAUUUUAUGCAAGUAUUUAAAACAUGGUGGUUAUUAAAAAAAAAGAAAAGAAAAAAAAAAAGUCGUUUUUGUGUUUGCUCUUGCUCGCCCUCUAGUGGACAGAUUCGGUUACUGACCUGAACUUCAGCCAAUCAACUAAUUAUUACAAAGGCACCAUGUAGUAGGGUAAUAAUACUGGCUUGUAUGUGGUGUACAAUGGGCAUUCACUAAAGUCCAGGGGUUUCGUUACCAUGACGUAAAGUGGGCGUGUUUCCGGAGGUCUUGGAAAAACGCCCUCUUUCAAAAAACAAGAGCAUACAACGAAGGACAAAAUCAUCAUACAGGUAGAUUUAUUUUAGAAAACAAACAACACAAAACUAUGGUUAUGGUUAAGGUUAGGGAUUAUCAAAUAGGCCACGCCUACCUGAUGACACAAUAUCUAUUAUGCG